AUGACCAUGACGAAGAGCUUGCCAUAUCUCGUUCUAGCCGCUUCGGUCUCAGCUUCUCAAUGUUCAUCUGCCUACAACGUUUCUAAUCCAACGACUGCUUGCGAGAUACUGAAACAAACGUACCCUAACAUCACGUAUCUUCCCGAAGAUGCGGGUUAUGCCAAUGAAAACCAAGUCCCCUGGGACGCCGGUGCCUGGCUAGGUCCUGCUUGCGUGUUUGCGCCAACAGGCGCAACAGCACUCUCUUUCGCCGUCAAGACUUUCGUCAACACCUCAACUCAUUUCGCCAUGCGCGGUGGUGGACAUAUGCCUAUCGCAGACGCUGCGAACAUCAACAGCACUGGAGUAUUGAUUUCAAGCACCAACUUGAAUACUUUGAAACUAUCCGAGGACAAGGAGACUAUGAGUAUCGGGCCUGGACCGAGAUGGGGCGAUGUAUUCAAUCACCUCGAGUUUACGAACAAGACAGUUAUUGGUGGACGUCUGGCGCCUGUUGGUGUUCCAGGGCUACUCCUUGGAGGAGGAAUAAGUUGGUACAGCGUCAAGCAUGGCCUGGCAUCUUCCGGUGGGAAGAUCAAGGCUUACGAGGCUGUUCUCUCAGAUGGCACAGUCGCCACCAUAACCGCCAAUAGUAGCUACUCUGAUCUCUAUUGGGCACUCGCUGGCGGCGGAAACUCCUUUGCUUUGGUAACGCGCUUCGACCUUCAGACUUUCCCAUCUAUCACCCCCCUUCUCGCGGACGCCCACUACGGCUCUACAGACGCAGCUCGUGAUGCAUACCUCGCCACCGUGCUCAACAUGGCCCUUCACAAUGACGAAGACCUUGCGGCAACAACAAUUCCCGUCGCCCGAUGGGGUCCCAACUUCACUGCUCCCUCCUACGAGAGCACACUGUUCUACAACGGCACUUCUGCGCCUACCUCCGGUCCCUUUGCUGAGUUCCUGUACGGAAAUACUACAGGCUUGAAAGCUCUUAACGGCACUUCGACACUGCGCCCCAUCUCUCUUGCACAGUAUAGCCGCGCGAUGCGGUCUGCGUUCAAGGAGGGAGGACAGUCCUACGGUCUGCGACAGAAGUUCCGUGUAGUUUCCAUCAAAGCGACAGCUGAAGCUCUCAAGAUUGUGCACGACACGUACUUUGAGUCGCUCGCCGCAUCGGGUCUGGCAAAUAGGGUGCCGGAAUUCUUUUCUGGUCUCGCGUUCAAUGUUGUGAACCGCAAUAUGGCUGAAAAGUCCGCUGGUAUGCCUCAAAACGUUCCCGUUGAGCCAGCGUUUUGGGUUGAGGAAAGUGUGACCUGGGGCAAGAGCGAGGAAUUUGACAAGGAGGUGUCAAAAUGGGUCGUAGACGUAAACACGGAGAUUGAGGCGAGGCUGGAGGCAAUCAACGGUUCGAACCGAUACAUAUACCUCAAUGAUGCGGACAAGGGACAGAAGGUCUUCGAAAGCUACGGUGGGGAGUCGGUUGAGAAACUCAAGGAAAUCCGCGAGAAAUACGAUCCGAAUAGGGUGUUCACCGACCUGAUGCCCGGAGGUUGGAAGGUUGACUAUGCUGAGAUCUGA